CUGCUGUAUUCCUAUAAUAGAUUGACUAUUGAAUACCCUCUUUCAUAGCUUUCGGGCGAAGUGCUUCUUAUUCAUUUAAAGAUAGGUAAGAGGUCGAUCACAUUAAUGGUGUGAUUGAGAAAGAGCCCUCUCCCCGGCGCCUAGCCCUUACUGCUCUGUGGGUGAGUGAGAUGGCUAACUUCAAAGGUAUAAUAGAUAUUCCCUCUAGGGCUAACAAAAGUGAUAUGAGUGCUUCUGCAGGUGAUUAAGGCCCCGUUCAGUUCUCUUCCGUAAGAAAUCCAUAAAUAGGUCGUCCCGACAAAAGCACAUACAAUGUUUCUACUUGAAAUAGCGCUUAGGAUUGCAUAGUUGACUAUUCCAACUCAGAAUCAAACAACACGGCAGUGCUAACGCAAGGCAACAUUGGAAAGCUACCGCUACGUAGGUGCCGCCCUGCAGAAUCAGAAUGUUAGCGCAACAGUGAGCUCACCCGAUAACAGUCAAUAAGUCUCGUCGGUUUCUUUAUCCUAUUAGAUUAGAGGAUAUCGGAUCAAAAGAGUAUGAGUAUAGAAUGUCGAUGCCCGUACCGCCUCAUCAUCAGACCCGUACAAGGCAGGUCUUUUCUCGUAUGGUAAAGUCUCUCUCUUUCUCAAAUAGUUGGAUCGUAUCGCCUUCUCUAGGCUAAAACACAUAUCAUUAUAUUAGUGGAGUGUAUUAUUCGGUUUUUUUGGUAUGCCGCUCCGCGAGCAAGGAGCGCCGCGAGCAGAGCGAGAGAACAAAGUGGGCUUUGGUGAUGUCGGAAUUUGAACCUAUUUGUAUCUAUUUGGUGAUGAGUCUGCUAGUUUCUUUGAUCUCACUCGGUGUUCCUUUUCCAUUUGCUUCUAAUAGUUCCACCUAUCCAGAAAAGUUGUCGGCCCAUGAAUGUGGUUCCGAUCCCUCUGGUGAUGCCAGAAGUCGUUUCGAUAUACGAUUUUAUCUGGUCUCUAUUUUAUUUAUUAUCCUUGAUCUGGAAGUGACCUUUUCUUCUCCUUGGGCAGUACCUCCCAACAAGAUUGAUCUGUUUGGAUUUUGGUCGAUGAUGGCGUUUUUAUGGAUUUUGACGAUUGGAUCUAUCUAUGAAUGGAAAAGGGGUGCUUCGGAUCGGGAGUAACUACUAGUGAUAGGGCA